GAGUCACCCCCGAGCAUAGGUGAGCAUAAGCAUAAACAUAAACAUUGCUGUGUCAGUGUGUGAGUGAAAGCGAAUAACCCCUCAAACAAGCGCGAAAGCAACUACGAUGGCCGAUUCCGCAGCGACCGAAGUCCCGGCUGCAGCAGCUGCUGCCCCAGCCGCCACGGCCAAGUCACCGAAGAAGCCAAAGGCGGCCGCCGGCCCCAAGAAGCCCAAGCAGCCAGCGGCACAUCCUCCGGUCAACGAGAUGCUGCUGGCCGCCGUCAAGGCACUCAACGAACGCAACGGUUCCUCGCUGCAGGCGAUCAAGAAGUACGUGGCGGCCAACUACAAGGCUGACGUGACCAAGCUGGCCACCUUCUUGAAGAAGGCCCUCAAGACUGCCGUCGCCAACGGCAAGCUGGUCCAGACCAAGGGAACCGGUGCGUCGGGCUCAUUCAAGCUCUCGGCCGCAGCUAAGAAGCCAGCGGUGGAGAAGAAGAAGAAGGCAGCGGCCCCCAAGAAGUCGGCCUCUGCCGCGGACAAGAAGAAGAAGACCGCAGCCAAGAAGCCCGCCGGAGAGAAGAAGGCCGCCGCCAAGAAGACCACCAAGAAGGCUGACGGUGCCGCCGCCAAGAAACCGAAGGCCGCCGCAGCUAAGAAACCCAAGGCCGCCGACGGAGCGAAGAAAGCCGCCAAGAAACCGGCAGCCCCGAAGCAGAAAUCCACCAAGCCAACCAAGGCCGCGGCUGCCAAGCCGAAAGCACCGAAACCAAAGAAGGCAGCAGCUCCCGCCAAGAAGGCCGCCGCUCCCAAGAAGGCUGCCGCACCCAAGAAAGCCGCUGCCCCCAAAAAGGCAGCUGCAGCCAAGAAAUUACAUUUUGGCACGCACAACAGGAAAUUAUCCCAACGGCCAAGCUUUAAGGCCAGCUCACACAUCGUCUACUUAUUCCCAACUCCGCUGUGAUUCCGAAAAACAUAGGCAAAACUACAUGGAUGCAGCAGGUUCUGACUGUCGAAGUAUAGCGGAAACGUCUUGUGCAGGAAAAUCGAACCGUCAAGCGUGCUCCAAGCUCUGCGACCUCUUUAUUACCGCAAGUCCUAAGCUCUGAAUUAUCAGAGUAGAAAAUGUAUGGCUCUGUUUGUGAAAAUGACGCUCAUCUAUUUUGGCGACAUCCCAACAAUGUUAAUACACAAGAACAGGUAAUGACGGUUAGUGCUUGCUACGACAAUGUCCAACGAAACCUCACUAUGAACAUGCUCUCUAGCGACAUACACGCGACGAACAUGGUUUUUCGGAGAUUGAGCCAGUUUUGCCAUACGCCAAUGUGCCGUGAUAGCUAUUGGUACCCUAGCCAUUCGGUACAAUCAUUUACGACCAGUCCAUCGAUGAUGCCUACCCGUAAUGUACUGUACUACUCAAAUUAAACGGGCUCAUCCAAAAUUACAUUUCUAACUUACCC